AUGAGGCUGAUGCCAGAGAUAAAGCGCCGUAUUGAUAUUGCGCAGCCAAACAAAGGGCGGAUAGGAAACGAUGGCCCGGCGUCCCUCUUGGAUGGUCUCAUUGAGACAGCAUUCGAAAAAGGCAUUUUGAAUCGAAAUAGCAAUCGCCAAGAUGAUGACCAGCAGGUUGAUUUGUUGGCCGAGGAGAUCAUCCUUUAUCAUUUUGAACUCUCCUCCCCCAUUGCAUUUUUCGUAAUCUUCAAAUUGUACGCUGUCAUUAACCACAUGGAAUACUUGGCUCCUCUCAGAGAGGAGGUUAGCGAGGCUGUCAAACAGUCUGGUGGAAGAUUGACACUCGAUACACUGAAGCAUGCCCCAAAGUUGGAGAGCUUUUCCAGGGAAACAUGUCGUUUGUACGAUAUUUCAUGUUGUGAGUUUCCCCAGCUGCACCUAACUUUCAUCGAUUUGCUCUGCCCAAUUCACCACAUAACUACUGACGUGGAAACCCGUUCUCUAGUAACCAGCUUCCGCCGGGUGAUGAAACCAGUUCACCUGGAGUCUAUAAACCUAUCUUUAAACCCAGGCACCAUAAUCAUGUCCCCGGGUAGAGAUGUCCAUCUUGACCCAGAUCAUUAUGAAAACCCGACCACAUUUGAUGGCUACCGCUUCUACGAUGCCAGCCGCGGAAUCUGCACUCCGCAUAUAUCGACUACCUCCCCGACGUUCCUCACGUUCUCUCAUGGAAUAAGUGCUUGUCCAGCGCGAGUGCUUGCGACUCAAAUCUCUCGAACCAUCUUUAUCAUGUUCCUUCUCAAAUAUGAUGUGGAGCUUGCGCACGAAGAGAUGCCAGCCUAUGGCAUCACUAAUGGGCCAGUGUAUCUCCCUAAUCCGUCGAUCAUGAUGCGCGUAAGGCUUCGCCAGAAAGACGCGUUAGGACCGUAA